CGGAUGGGCAGAGGGCUGAGGAGCCCGUGCCCGAGAUGAAUGUAGCCAAGAAAUGAGGCCGGCGAGGGGCUCACAGGAUCAGGACCCUGCUCACACACCAGGGAGGCCUUCUGCAUCUUGUCCUGGGGCCCCUUUCCAACUUUUGGGGCUGCCUCCUGGCAGAGCUUAGCAGGCUGAGGCAGCUGCCCGAGCAGCCUGUGGUUGCUCCAGCAGACCGGACAGGGACAGCCACAUUCCAGGCUCCGGGCUGGCAGGGAAGCUGGGCAGGGAGUUCCUGCAGGGAGCGGCAGCCCGGGCUCAGGCAGGCAAGUGCUGACGGGUGGUCCCUCCUUCCACGGAAAGCCAGAGGCCGAAGAGAUGGAAGAACAGGUGUUCAAGGGGGACCCGGACACCCCCCACUCCAUCUCCUUCUCCGGCAGUGGAUUCCUCUCCUUCUACCAGGCCGGGGCCGUGGACGCCCUGCGGGACCUGGCCCCCCGGAUGCUGAAAACAGCCCACCGCUUCGCAGGGACAUCUGCAGGUGCUGUGAUCGCUGCCCUGGCCAUCUGCGGGAUCGAAAUGGAUGAGUACCUCAGAGUCCUCAAUGUGGGUGUGGCCGAGGUGAAGAAAUCCUUCCUGGGGCCCUUGUCCCCGUCCUGCAAGAUGGUGCAGAUGAUGAGGCAGUUUCUGUACCGGGUCCUGCCUGAGGACUCCUACAAGGUCACCACGGGGAAGCUCCAUGUGAGCCUCACCCGCUUCACGGACGGGGAGAGUGUUGUGGUUUCAGAGUUCACAUCCAAGGAGGAGCUCAUCGAGGCCCUGUACUGCAGCUGCUUUGUCCCCGUGUACUGCGGCCUCAUCCCCCCGACUUACCGAGGUGUGAGGUACAUCGAUGGGGGCUUCACAGGCAUGCAGCCCUGUGCCUUCUGGACCGACUCCAUCACCAUCUCCACCUUCAGCGGCCAGCAGGACAUCUGUCCCCGGGACUGCCCCGCCAUCUUCCACGACUUCCGAAUGUUCAACUGCUCCUUCCAGUUCUCCCUGGAGAACAUCGCCAGGAUGACCCACGCGUUGUUCCCCCCGGACCUGGUGAUCCUGCACGAUUACUACUAUCGAGGGUACGAGGAUGCAGUCUUGUACUUGAGGCGGCUGAAUGCUGUUUAUCUUCAUUCUCCCUCCAAGAGAGUGAUUUUCCCCCGGGUGGAAGCGUACUGCCAGAUACAACUCGCCCUUGGCAAUGAGUGCCCUGAACACAGUCGACCAAGCCUUCAAGCACGGCGGGCCAGUCUGGAGAGAGCCACACAACCUCACACAGAGUGCGCUGCCAAAGCGGAGGGAAGGGGCAGCCAUGGUCCGCCUGCGUCCUCACCUGUGCAGACACCUGAAUCCACAUGUGAACCACCUGUUUCACCACCAGUAUCUCCAUUUGAGCAGCCACCUGCACAGCCACUGGCCUCUUCAACACCACUUUCUUCAACUGGCACGCAACCUGUAUCAUUCCCAGCUGUGCACAAGCCACCCAGCUCCACAUCCGGCUCAUCACUGCCCACCACACCACUUGGGCGGUCACCUGCGUCACCUCAGCAGCAGGUACAACCAUCUGGAUCACCACCCAGAUCCCCUCACUCUCAAGCAUCCACUUCACCCAGGCCAUCGCUGGGGACUUCAGCUGUGGGGGCACCUCAAACACCACCCCAAGGUUCUCUUUCAGCCUCCCCUGCUCAGCCACCUGUGGAGGAACUAGGCCCAGGACAGCCCCAAGCUGUAGCUCCUCUUGACUCUUCAAAUCCAAAAAGCACCGUGCCUCUGGUUCAUGUGAAGGAAACCAUCAGCAAGCCUUACGUAAUGGAGAGCCCUGCUGAAGACUCAAACUGGGUGAAUAAGGUCUUCAAGAAGAACAAGCAAAAGACAAAUGGCACCAGAAAAGGCUUCCCAAGACAUCCGCGAUCCAAAAAACCAAGCAGCAAAGUGCAUUCUGCUCCCUGCCCACUCAACUUCCCUCUGCUCUCCACUUCUGAGACAGUUUGGGUCACCUACAGACCUCAUCCCAGCCGGAUCCAGGAAUGCAGCUGCCCUGAGGAAGCUGUGAGCCGAGAGAGAGAACCGGAGACGGCACGGGAGAGAACCUGAGGACCCUGAGGCCAAGCCUGCACCCCACUGCUGUCGGGCACACUCCCCUGACCAGAGGACCAGAGGCUACACCUACUGCCAGUCCUGAUGGUGCCCAGGAUCUGUUUCCAUUCCAGGGUGAGCAUCUCAGCCUCCCUGCGAUCCUUCCAGCCCUUCCACUUCCCUCCUCUGGACAGACUGAUGGACACCAGCACUGACCGGCGCUCACAGACCUUCCUCCCAACCUUGGCCUGAACUCGCUUCUUUGAGAUGGGCCAGAUCGCUUCUAGUCUCCCCAGGAUCCUGUCCAAGAGCACAGCUCUUGGGGGCCCAGCAGGACUGAGCCCACGAUACACUCCCUCACUCCCGCAGUGGCAAGAGCCCAAGUUCUGUUUGGUUUUUAAUUCUCACAGUGUACUAGCGGCUUGACCUCAGCUGGUCACUGGAAUCACUGGCUGAAGUUGGUCCGGCAGCCCAGGCAUCAAGGUCUUUGGAGCUCCUCCGGGAUUACAUGGUGCUACGGUGUUGAGACAGGCGGCCCUGGAGUCCUGGGUCCCUGUAGAGGAAGAGGGAGGCCAAAUGUCCCUCCCCCGGAGCCAACACAAAUGAGGGUUGACCCUGUCUGCUGUUCACACCUCAGUGAAAAUGUUCCAUGGGGAAGACAACUUCAGCCUCAAUUUUUUCCAACUUGUCCAGAAAAUAAUGAGCCCCCCGCUGCUCCCCAGAGAGCAGACAACCUCCAGUCCCGGCCAGGCCCAAAAAGGAAGCCCCAGCUGCCCGCAGGCCUCAGGUGUAUUUGCUUACCAAAUCCUGAAAUGCAAAACCCAGAGUGAAUGCGUGGGGGACAAUGCUAACCGGGUCUUAGGAGCCUGGGGAGGCCAUAUGCAAAUUUGAGCCUGGUGGGGUUGGGGAUUUAGGCGGUUAGGGCACAGAGGCUGUGAGGGAUCCCACUUAACAGGGCCAUUUCAGGGAACAAAAUGUACCUUUGGGAGGCCUGAGAAGGGUCAGAGUCCCAGGGGUCUUGCAUCCUCUGACUACUCUGGUUGAUCUGUGGCCAGACCAGUCAAAGGAAGCAGCUGCGGGUAUGUGUUGAGGGGAGACUGACCGGAGAGGCCCGCCUAGCCACAGGCCUUUCUCCCAGGAGUGGCCUCCAUGUUUGCAGAAGCCUGACGCCUGGGAACCAGAGAGAGGGGGUGUCCUUUCCUGCACAGCCCAGGGAUGCUUAUUCCCUGGGACCCAAGGAAAAUGUGAACUUCAUAAUAAUC